AUGCGUCAUGAAGCUUUUGAAGUAGUUCUCCAGAGGGGGCCUCUCGGCUUGGACGGUAAACCCGGUCCUCCUGGGCAAAAAGGAAGUCAGGGGCCAUCUGGACCAAAAGGAGAUAAGGGUGACCAAGGAGAGAUUGGGCCAAGGAUGGUCUUUCCUCGCUACGAUCACGGCUUCAUCUCUGCCGAUCAGCCCACUUUCCAGAGACGUAUGCUGAAGGGUGAUCAAGGCCAGGCCGGACCUCCAGGCCCACCCGGACCCCCUGGACCAAGAGGUCCUCCUGGAAACACGGGGAAGGACGGACCCCGAGGUCCCCUUGGAGAACAGGGUCCACCUGGGAAUGAUGGACAUCAGGGACCGAGAGGUUUACCAGGUGAUCCGGGUGAAGAUGGUCAACCAGGUUAUACAGGUCCACAGGGACCCCCAGGGUCAAAGGGAGAACGCGGUGAAGCAGGAGAUAAAGGUGACCGAGGCAUGGACGGCCUCCCGGGCCUUAAAGGAGACAAAGGAGAAGUCGGAGAAACAGGACCUCAAGGAGAAACGGGUCUUCCGGGCGAAAAAGGUGCGACAGGCUCCAGCGAUGUCAUCGCCUUCAAUGACAAACUGUUAGAUGCUUUUCAGGGACCGCCGGGUCCUCCUGGACCUCCUGGACCUCCAGGAUCUCCAGGAAAGGACGGGAUAAAGGGAGAACUGGGCUUACCUGGACUAGCUGGAGUAGAUGGAGAGAAGGGAGCUAAAGGAGAUGUUGGAGAACCAGGAAGCCCUGGAGACAGAGGAGAGAAGGGAGAGAUGGGACUCUCUGGUCCUGCUGGACUGGAUGGACAGAAAGGAGAGAAAGGAGACAGCAGACUAGAAGACAACCUGGUUCAGAUGAUUUCUCAACCAGGACCCCCAGGACCUCCAGGACCAAGAGGACCUCCAGGAUUUAUGGGUCAUCCUGGAAUUCCUGGUCCGAAGGGUGAUUCGGGAGAGUGUAUUAAAGGAGAUAAGGGAGAUCCAGGAGUUCCAGGAAUCCGGGGAGCUGAGGGCCCACAGGGACACACGGGUCCUGCAGGGUUGGUCGGCCUUCCGGGAUCCAAGGGCGAAAAAGGAAAACAAGGAGAGCCUGGAUUAGACGGCUUUCCUGGGCUUACAGGCGAUAAAGGAGACACGGGGGCUAAAGGAGAAAAGGGCGAUCGUGGCUCUGUAGGAAAGAGGGGGCUGAAGGGGCAGAAAGGAGAGCAGGGGCCGCCCGGGUUAGACCAGCCCUGUCCUGUGGGUUCUGCAGGAUGUAAAGGCCAGGCAGGUGAAAGCGGGCAGUCUGACCCCGGAGCUCCCUGCAGGCUGGGUCCGGAUGGCCUUCCGAUACCGGGCUGUUGGCACAAGUGAUGGCUAACAUGAAGCGUAAUCAGGUUCCUGUACAUAAUCCUACAGUAUAAAUACAACCUCCUAUUUUUUUAAUAAGACUUUGAUGAUUAUCCAUCAGCCAUAGAGUUACCUACAGUAUAUAUAUAUAUAUAUAUAUUUCCAAUAUACUACACAUUUUGGACCAACCUAGGAGUUUGUAUAUUUGUAUAAAUCUAUAUUUUUUAAUCUGCGUCGGACAUUUCGGAGGAAGGUGUGAAGGACCGCUUUCUUUGCCUCUGCUGCAUGAGCCCCUGCAUGUGACGUGACGUGAUCGUGACGUGAUCAGCGGUCGAACCGGGAGCGUUGUGUUCUGUUUUUAAAGGACGAAGGGACGAUGCAGAGGAUCAAGCGAAAGCGUCUGUCGCAGCCGUGACUACACAAGCGGAGGAGCAAAGUAAGCGAUCCGUCACACAGGAGCGUCUUGGUGAUGAACUGAAGUCUGGAGAAGUUCCCUUGCUCUGUAACGCAUGUGGGAACACACGUAACGGCUCUCGUGACGGUCACGUGAGAGAUCGAUGAGAGAUGUUUUGAGCUCUUCACUAGCUGAUGGAUGGAGAAAAGCUGGUUAUAUCUUCGUAAACGCUGACAAUCGGGUGUGGAGAAACGAUACCGAAGAGCUAACUGAUUUAUCAUCAUUACUAGCGUACGCUUCUUCUUUCUUUAUUAUUUUAUUUUGCAGGAAAUGAACCGUAUCAGAUGGUUCUUUUUUUCUUUUGUAAUUAAGGAAGUUUAGCGUGUUACUGUAUUUUUUUUAUAUUAUGAUUAUUAUUAAAUGUACACUACUACUAGAUUGUAUUAUAUUUUGGUACAAAAUAUACAUAUUGUCGUAUUGAUUUAUUAUAUUGUCGGGAUUCUUCAUGUUGCUAUGACGACCUGUGAUUUCGUUUAACAUCACAUUCAGUUUCUUUAUCUUUGUAUUAAUUUAUGGUAUAUUUUUGCUAUAUGGUAUAUUAUGAUAUAAUUGUUAGGGAUGCAUUGAUAUGAUUUUGUUUUUUGUUACACUUUUUUGUUGUACUUAUCGAUAACGAAUAACGACGCGGAAAUUGAGUAAAGUGGUUUUUUGUUACGCAAAACAACGAGGUUGCGUUAUUUUAUUUAAACGUGUGCACGUGCGCAGGCAAUCAGGCUCGUGAUCUUCAAACAUAAGGGUUCGAGCUGUUAUUUUCACUCACACACACAACGUUUAAGAUGUUUUUUGUUUUAUGGGAUGAUUUCCUCCUUUUGUGUCGUCAUGACAACGUUUGAUGCCUUCAGGUGUUUCUAUGCACGCACUGAGUUGUUUGGGUUAGAAAAUAGACGACUAAAUUCGCUUCGCUUGUGUUCGUCUUCAAUGACGAUGAGGUUUUAUAAUCGCUUUACUGAACGAAAACAGUGAACAGUUAACAUGCAUAAUUGUAACUUUUAAAAAAAAUCACACAUAACCUGAGGUUCACGUCUCAGUCAGCUCUGUAGCUCCUUAGGUAGUGACUCGGUAUAGAGUGUGUAACUGUGUGUUCUGUAAUUAUGUUAGCAUGUAGAAGACAACAUUUUGUUUUGCUUUAUAAGCUUAUUAUUAUUAUUACGUUAGCUUGUAGAAGCCAAAAUUCUGUUUUGUUUAUUCUUCUUAGACAAAAACUAAUCAAGAGUAACAACUCCUAGGGCUUUUGAGCUCCAUGCACCAAAAUCGGAUUUGUCGAAGACCCUGAAUUGAAAUUUGUUGCUAUUACUUUUCUAAUCCGAGUUCCGGUACUCAUUCGAUCUGAGUUCCGGUACUCACGGUACCGGAUCUCAAAAUGGUCUUUUUUGCUAUAGACACCCAUUAUAAAUACUCAGGACAAAGGUUUAAAUUGGUGUACCGACUGGCCCUUCGGUUUUCCCCCAGCCCCGCCCCCAAUUUAUGCAAAAUCAAAAAACUUUCCACAACAUUGACAUGUGACAUGUCAAAACACUCAGAACAAUGAGGGGAACUGCGUCACAGGUAUUCGGAUGAUGUCACAUGCUAGUAUCCACUCGCCUCCAAAAGUAUUGGCACCCUAGCAUACCGGCCUUACUUGCUCCGACAAGCCAACAUCAAAGUUUGUCGAACUUUACAAAUCUAGUUGGGUGAUGUGGUGACUCAAUUUCCGGGGACGUUCUAAUUUCCACCAGUCACUGAAAACCCAGACGUGAAAAGUAUUUAUAUGUCAAAUAAAUUUGUUUUCUCAAUCUCCCGGGUUUCUGUCACUGCACUUAAAAUAUGAUCAGAGGCUAGUGGAUUUGUUUUUAUUCAUUAAAAACUUAAAAGUUGUAAGACUCAAACAAACAAAAGUUUGUAGACAAAGUUGGCUGAGAGUUUGGUUAGUGCACAUUUUUCCCGAGCUGAGAGGACGUCCAGAUUUCCAGUACAGGAUUUAUGGAGUGAAUGUUCCCUGUGCACAGAUCCCUAAAUCUGACCGACUCCAUGCUCAGUGAGCUGAUUAGUGAACCAGUGAGCUGAUUGGUGAACCAGUGAGCUGAUUAGUGAACCGGUGAGCUGAUUGGUGAACCAGUGAGCUGAUUAGUGAACCAGUGAGCUGAUUAGUGAACCAGUGAGCUGAUUAGUGAACUAGGGAGCUGAUUAGUGAACCAGGGAGCUGAUUAGUGAACUAGGGAGCUGAUUAGUGAACCAGUGAGCUGUUUAGUGAACCAGUGAGCUGAUUACUGAACCAGUGACCUGAUUAGUGAACCAGGGAGCUGAUUAGUGAACCAGAGAGCUGAUUAGUGAACCAAUGAACUGAUUAGUGAACCAAUAAACUGAUUAGUGAACCAGAGAGCUGAUUAGUGAACCAAUGAACUGAUUAUUGAACCAGGGAGCUGAUUAGUGAACCAGGGAGCUGAUUAUUGAACCAGGGAGCUGAUUGAGACACAGCCGAUAUUCUACAGCGCAUGAGGUUUAGGUCUCACACUUUCUCGUGGUAUCGUUUAUUGACCUUAACGAGUCCGAUAUCGCACCUGUUAGAGUCUAUAUCAGUAUCAGUAUCGAUGCAUCCCUGCUAAUUGCGUUUUAAUAGACAAGAACAUUAAAGUAAAGGUUUGGCUUUCAUUCAUGGAUAUUUCUAAAGGUUAUACAUUUGUAGACUUUUAUGUAACAUGAAUUCACAGAAGCAUUUACAUUUACAUUUAUUUGCUACACAAGGUAAGAAUUCUAUAAUCUAUAAUCAGUUGAAUUAAACGGACGAUUUCGCUUCAUGGGAAACAAAUUCUGACUCUUUUCUUUCUUCUAAUUUACUGAGCGUCAUGUUGAUGUUAAUAUAUAUUUUUUACAAACACACACAGGUGCAGUGUAAAUGUUACAGAUAGGAAAGAGACACCAUCUCUCUUUUUCUCUUUCUUACACACACACACUUGGUUAACUGCGUUAUUUAAACGUAUACAAAGCCGUUAUGAAGCAGUGUGUUAAAUCCCGCUUACUGUGAAUCCUUGUUUUUUUUCAGCUCCCAUCAGCUUUAAGAACUGAAUUUAUUUCAGAAUUGUGUUACUUUCUAAGUGUUGCUGCUAAAGCAUUAUUUGUAUUUAUCUUUUGCGAUCGAGAAGCUUUCUCUCAGCAGCCGCAUGCCACCAGCGCUGGUGAAGAGCCGAAAUUCUCAUCAUUGUGUUUUAUAACAUAAAUCUGUGUUUAAACAUAAUAAUAAACGUUCAUAGCUUGGUGACUGGUCUUUUAUGUAAUAAUGGUUUAGAGAUAUAAAGUUUCCAACAGGAAUUAUUUCAGCAUUUUGAUUUUUUUUUUCAUAUAUAGUCAGUCAGGAUUACUCUGUAAUUGUGUUUGGCUAAACGGUGUUGAGUUACUGUACACGUGAUACAAGGACGUGCUCAUGAGACACCAGUAAAAUGUUCAUAUAUAUUUCCAAAUAAACUAUUUCCACUGAA